AUGACAUCGUUGUCCCAGCGUUGUCUUAGCGCCAUUCGCGAUGUCGACAUCACUGGAAAGUCUGACUCAUGUCGUCCCAGUUUUUCUGGUCUUAUCACCGCUGCCCUUAGCCACUUCGUUUGCUCCUUCUUCUGUCUUUUCUUUCCCCCCCCCCUUCAUCCACUUCUUUGUCCAUCACAACUAUCCGCUAGUCUCUCUUUCCAUGAUUUCAUUCCCUCCCACAUACUGCCAUUCCUUAUGCAUAUUUUUAUUCCUUCUACGUAUUUUAUUUUUUCUUCAUUUUUUUUAAAUAUUUUUAUUCUUUCUAUAUAUUUUUCAUUCGUACACCAUAUUUUUCAUUUGCUCUCUUUUUUCUCCUUAUAUUUUCAUUCCUUCUUCAUAUUUCUCUCUCCCCACCCCAUAUUUUCAUUCUUUCUCCAUUUUUUAGUUCCCUCACAAUAUUUUAAUUUCUUCUCCAUAUUUUUUUUAAUUCCUUUUAGAUAUUUUCAUUCCCCAUUCUCUUUUUUCUAUUUCCAUAUUGUCAUUCUUCCGACAUUUUUAUUUUCUUCUUUAUAUUUUUUAAUUCCCUCUAAAUAUUUACUCCCCUUAGUUUUCAUUCCCUCUCCAUACUUAAAUUUCUUCGCCAUAUUUUUAUACUGUCUGAAUAUUUUCAACCCAUCUCUCUCUCUCUCUCUCUUUCUCUAUUUCUUUUAUCUAUCUAUCUAUCUAUCUAUCUAUCUAUCUAUCUAUCUAUCUAUCUGUCUAUUCAGUAAGUUACUUCGUAUCUAUCUAUCUAUCUAUCUAUCUAUUCAGCAAGUUACUUCGUAUCUAUCUAUCUAUCUAUCUAUCUAUUCAGCAAGUUACUUCGUAUCUAUCUAUCUAUCUAUCUAUCUAUCUAUCUAUCUAUCUAUCUGUCUAUUCAGUAAGUUACUUCGUAUCUAUCUAUCUAUCUAUCUAUCUAUUCAGCAAGUUACUUCGUAUCUAUCUAUCUAUCUAUCUAUCUAUCUAUCUAUCUGUCUAUUCAGCAAGUUACUUCGUAUCUAUCUAUCUAUCUAUUCAGUAAGUUACUUCGUAUCUAUCUAUCUAUCUAUCUAUCUAUCUAUCUAUCUAUCUAUUCAGCAAGUUACUUCGUAUCUAUCUAUCUUUUCAUAUUUUCCCUCUUUCGCCAUUUUUAUUUUCUUCUCCAUAUUUUUUAAUUCCUUUUUUUCUUUUUCUUUUUUUACAAUAUAUACGAGUAUCUAUCUAUCUAUCUAUCAACUUGUUCGUUAUAUCUAUCUAUCUAUCUAUCUAUCUAUCUAUCUAUCUAUCUAUCUAUCAACUUGUUCGUAUCUAUCUAUCUAUCAACUUGUUUGUUAUCUAUCUAUCUAUCUAUCUAUCUAUCUAUCUAUCUAUCUCAUUGUUCCUAUCUAUCUAUCAACUUGUUCGUAUCUAUCUAUCUAUCUAUCUAUCUAUCUAUCUAUCUAUCUAUCUAUCUCAAUUCUUUUCUCUCAUUUUCACACCCUAUACUCAUUCUUUUCUCUCAUUUUCACACCCUAUACUCAUUCUUUUCUCUCAUUUUCACUCCCUAUACUAAGUCUCUUCUCUCAUUUUCACUCCCUACACUCAGUCUUUUCUCUCAUUAUCACUCCCUAUACUCAUCUUUUCUCUCAUUUUCACUCCCUAUAUUCAGUCUUUUCUCUCAUUUUCACUCCCUAUACUAAGUCUCUUCUCUCAUUUUCACUCCCUAUAGUCUUUUCUCUCAUUAUCACUCCCUAUACUCAGUCUCUUCUCUCAUUUUCACUCCCUAUACUCAGUCUCUUCUCUCAUUUUCACUCCCUAUACUCAGUCUCUUCUCUCAUUUUCACUCCCUACACUCAUCUCUUCUCUCAUUUUCACACCCUAUACUCAGUCUCUUCUCUCAUUUUCACUCCCUAUACUCAGUCUCUUCUCUCAUUUUCACACCCUAUACUCAGUCUCUUCUCUCAUUUUCACUCCCUACACUCAGUCUUUUCUCUCAUUAUCACUCCCUAUACUCAGUCUCUUCUCUCAUUUUCACUCCCUAUACUCAGUCUCUUCUCUCAUUUUCACACCCUAUACUCAGUCUCUUCUCUCAUUUUCACUCCCUAUACUAAGUCUCUUCUCUCAUUUUCACUCCCUACACUCAGUCUUUUCUCUCAUUAUCACUCCCUAUACUCAUCUCUUCUCUCAUUUUCACUCCCUAUAGUCUUUUCUCUCAUUAUCACUCCCUAUACUCAGUCUCUUCUCUCAUUUUCCUCCCUAUACUCAGUCUCUUCUCUCAUUUUCACCCUGCUCUCAGUCUCUUCUCUCAUUUUCCUCCCUAUACUCAGUCUCUUCUCUCAUUUUCACACCCUAUACUCAGUCUCUUCUCUCAUUUCUCCCUACUCUCAGUCUUUUCUCUCAUUAUCCUCCCUAUACUCAGUCUCUUCUCUCAUUUUCACUCCCUAUACUCAGUCUCUUCUCUCAUUUUCACACCCUAUACUCAGUCUCUUCUCUCAUUUCCUCCCUACUAAGUCUCUUCUCAUUUUUCACUCCCUACACUCAUCUUUUCUCAUUUUCCUCCCUAUACUAAGUCUCUUCUCUCAUUUUCCUCCCUAUAGUCUUUCUCUCAUUAUCCUCCCUAUACUCAAAGUCUCUUCUCUCAUUUCCUCCCUAUACUCAGUCUCUUCUCUCAUUUUCACUCCCUAUACUCAGUCUCUUCUCUCAUUUUCACACCCUAUACUCAGUCUCUUCUCUCAUUUUCACUCCCUAUACUCAGUCUCUUCUCUCAUUUUCACACCCUAUACUCAGUCUCUCUUCUCUCAUUUCCUCCCUACACUCAGUCUUUUCUCUCAUUAUCACUCCCUAUACUCAGUCUCUUCUCUCAUUUCACUCCCUAUACUCAGUCUCUUCUCUCAUUUUCACCCCCUAUACUCAGUCUCUUCUCAUUUUCCUCCCUAUACUAAGUCUCUUCUCUCAUUUUCACUCCCUACACUCAGUCUUUUCUCUCAUUAUCACUCCCUAUACUCAGUCUCUUCUCUAAUUUUUACUCCCUAUACUCAGUCUUUUCUCUCAUUUUCACUCCCUAUACUAAGUCUCUUCUCUCAUUUUCACUCCCUAUAG